AUGCCCGCCGUUUUUGACUGGAGCAAAGUGAUGAUGGCUGACCCAGCAACGCUCCUUGAGAGUGAAGAAAAUCAAACAGACGUGCUUUUUGAUAUGCUGCUAACGGUGAAAGAAUGGGAACUAAACAAUAAAACCCCGGAGAAAAUGAUCCAGCUCUUUAGAGUGUCUCAGGCCCUGUUAAAGAAGAAGGACCAGGAACUAAUUUUGGCCUAUGACCUCUUUGAAAAAACUGAAAAGGAACUGCUCGCCAAGACAUCUAAACUGGAACAAGAGCUGGAGGUCGCUCAGUGUUCAGGCACGGGACGAGACACACGUUUUAUGAGAGAGGAACUUGGGCACAUUGAGACCCAGCUGGAGCAGAGGGAGAAGGACUACUCCCAGCUACAAAGGGAGAUGAACAAGGAAAAGAAAACGAACGAGGAGUUGAGUGCACGAGCAGAGAGGGCUGAAGAUGAGAUCAGGAAGCUGAAAAGAGAGAACGAUCAGCUCCAACAGGAUGUGGAUUUCUACCACAGGGAGCUGGACCAGAAGGAACCAGUUCCCUCCAGAGAGGAGAUUGGUGAGAUCCAGAGGAAGCUCAACACAGCCAACCGUCAGCUCUACCAGUGCAUGGAUGACCUUCAGCGUGCGGAGGACGAGCUCCUCCACCUGAAGGCACAGAAUGAGCACAUGCAGAGAGGCCUUGAAGAGUCAGUCAAGGAGAUGGAGAAGAUGACAGAUGAAUACAACAAGAUGAAAAUUGUGGUUCAGCAGACAGACUCUAUCAUGGACCAGCUCAGGAAUGAGAGAGACCUUGCAAAGCUUCAGGUCAGGGAGUUAACUGAGCAGAUCCAGAACAGGGCAGAGGAGGACGACCCAGUCAUGGCAGCAGUCAAUGCUAAGGUGGAGGAAUGGAAGAGAGUGCUCUCUCUUAAGGAUGAUGAAAUUCUGGAGUACCAGCAGAUGAUCCGGGAGCUGAGGAAAAAGCUGAGCUUAACCCAAAUGGACUUGGACAAGAGCAACAUUAUUGCCUUACAGCAGGCUGUCCAGGAGAGGGAUAACCAAAUCAAGAUGUUGAGUGAACAGCUGGAGCAAUACACAGGGGAAAUGGAGAAGAAUGCCCUGCUUAUUGAAGAGCUCAAAAAGCCUGGGAAGACGGAUCGAGGCCUGCCAACAGCCCUACAAGAGAGGAAGAUUGAAGAGUUGAAGGUAAAGCUUCGGGCUGCUGAGACAAGAGUGUUGAAGGCCGAGCGUGUGGCUGAGCUAGCCGACGCUGAUGCUAAAGAAAGGGACAAAGAACUCAGUGAGACUCUAAAUCGCAUGAAGCUUUAUGAGUCUGGUACUGAUGGCCUGGAAGCAGCCAUUGCUGAGAUCAAGGAUGGUAAAAAUCGGCUAAGAAUACAAGAGCAUGAGGCAGAAGCCAUGACCAAAGAGAUCAACGAGCUUGAGAUGAGGAUUAACGACCUUAUGGAUGAAAAUGAGGAUUUCCGAGAGAGACUAGGCCUGGAGCCAAAGGAGGAAGUGGAUCUGACAGAGUUCAGGCGAACUAAAGCGUUCAAACAGCAGCAGUAUAAAGCAGAAAACCAAGUCCUCACAAAAGAGAUUGAACGGCUGGAAGAGGAGAGGCUAGAGCUGAAGAAAAAAAUCAGACUUAUGGUGAAGAGCAGAGCAGGGGUCCCAGAGUCCAACAUACCCCUGGAGCCUGACGCAAGAACGAUCGACAUGACACUACAACAAAGCCAUAGUAAUGCCAAUGAGUUGAUUACACAAAAGCAGGAGUAUCUGAAGAAGGAGCUAAACCAGAGAGAGAGAGAGCUAGAGCUCCACAGGACUCAGUCGUCUCAGUUUCAGGCCAAAUUGGAGGAACUGUCAAAGGUCAAAAAGGAUCUGGAGGGUGCAUUGGCAGACAUCCUACAGGCCAUUAGGAAUAAUGAAUUUUCCUGUCCAUCUCAAACUGCAGUCACUAUCCCCAGUCUGGAGUUAUUGGUCAACGCUAUGGACGUUAAGAAUUCUGAGGGGAUUCCCGAAUCCACCUUGCACCUCAAGGCCCAAGUAGAUCGACUGAUGGGGAGAAAUGACGAGCUCAGACAGGAACUCAUGUCAGUUCGGGAGGAAGCAUCCAGCACCUUGACUGAGCUUACUAAAGCCAAAGAAAAGGUUAACCAUCUGGAGAGUGAAGUGGAACAGCUUAGGAAGUCAGGUAGCAGCGGGGUGGUCUUCAGGCCCCUCGCCCUCCCCAAGGACAUGGCCCCUUCUAGUAUUGAGGUCAUUAGCACCCUGAAUGAGUAUGCUGUUCGACUCCUACAGGAACUCAAAAACAAGGAGGAGUCCAGCAAGCAACUUGUGGCUUCACUAGAGGAGUACAAAGGAAAAUUUGCUGUAAUUCGUCAUCAACAGGGACUUCUCUAUAAAGAAUACUUCAGCGAGAGAGAGGCAUGGCAGAAGCAGAAAGAAAUGUUUACAGAGAUGAAGAACAAGCUGGAGGAGCAGAAGGAGGUGGAUGCUACCAAAAUCCAAGAGUUCACCGCCUUGCUGGACACGCUACAGAAGGACCCUGAGGAGAUGCGCAGGCAAGUGGGUGAAGUGGUACGCAAGCUCACAGUGCUGCGGGUGAAUGAGAAGUCACUGACACGGCGCUACACUACCCUUCUGGAGCAGGAACAGCACCUUCGCAAGGAGAACAGCAAGUUGAGGGAUGACAGUGGCCGCAUGCAGGCCUCUGUCACCAAGAGGAUAGGCUAUCUGCAGAGAUACAAGGAAAUGGCUGCAUAUAGGAUUGCAGCGCUGCAGAAAGCCUUGGAUGAUAGUGUUCCUGCAUCACAUCUGGAGAGGGCAAACAAACAGUACACAGAACUAACUGUCAAAUACAGGGACAUGCUGCAGAGAGAUAACUGCCUUGUACAGAAAACUAUCAACCUUGAACAUCUAAAGAAUGAGAAUGGGUCUUUCUGUGAGCAAAUAUCUUCCCUGAAUAAAGAACUGGAGAUUACCAAGGAGAAACUGAACACUUUAGAGCAAGCAUGGGAACACAUCACUGCAGUUGGUGGUGAGUGCAACAUGGACAAGGCAGACAAGGCAUUGGCCAACAAGGAGAUUUUGUCGGCCUCCAGACGGAUCACCGCUCUAGAGAUGAAGGAGCUAAAUGAGAGACAGCGAGCCGAACAUGCCCACAAGAUGUAUGAGCACAUCAGGAAUUCCCUCAGGCAGGUUGAGGAGCGCAACUCAGAGCUGGAAUCCAAGUUUGCAGAGCUGACCAAACUGAACCUGGAGGCCCAAAGGGUGGAGCGUGAGCUGAGAGACGAGCUGGUGGAGAGUGUGAGCAAAGCCGUUAGCGAGGCAGACCAAGCCAGGAUUGCCGAGCUGGAGAGGGCAGAGGCCGAGCUGCACAUUGAAGCCUCUAAGCUUCGGGAAGUGUCUGAUGUAGCUAAAAUGCAGGUGUCUGCUCUGGAGGCUAGACAGCAGUCCAGGGAAAAGGAGGUGGAGGCUCUGAGGAGACAAGUCCUCGACUACCAGUCGCAGUCUGAUGAAAAGGCCCUCAUUGCCAAACUCCAUCAGCAUAUUGUGGCACUGCAACUCAGCGAGUCGGCUGCCAUGAGCAAGCUGGAGGCCAGCACCACCCGUGUCCAACAGCUGGAGGCUUACAAACUCCGUGCUGAACAGCGCCUGGAUGCCGGGGAGCGAGCUCUGUUCCUCGGCCGCCAGGAAGGCAGAAAUCGCGCCAAGCACCUACGGCAGACCAUCCAGUCACUACGCAGACAGUUUGCAGGAGCUCUGCCGCUCCCCCAACAGGAGAAAUUCUCUCUAACCAUGGUGAGCCUGCAGGAGGAUAGGGCAAAAGCCCAGGAGGAGAAGAGGAAGGCAGAAGAGGAGAGGAGGAAGGUAGAGGGCAGAGCAGAGGAGCUCGAGCUCCGCCUCCAAGGGCUCGAGGAGCUCAUCUCAACACUGAAGGACGUGAAAGGAGCUCAGAAGGUGAGUGAGUGGCAUAAAAAGCUGGAGGAUGCUCGCCUGCAGGAGCUGAGGAGUGGCAGGGAGCUUCUGGUCAAGAGAGAGGAGAUCAAGUAUCUUAAGAGCCUGGUGGAAGAGAAGGAGCGUACCAUCUGGUCUCUGCAGGAGGAAAUUGUGCAGCAAAACACUUUUCAAGAAGAGCAUCAGCUGGCAUGGGACCAGCGAGAGGUGGAACUGGAGCAACAACUAGACUUCUAUGAGAAACAGCAGAGGGAAAUUCUGGGCUCAGCACAAAAGGCUGAGGAGGUUGCUGGUGCUCUGCCAGACCCGAGACUGCCCCUUGCUCAACAGUUAGAGUUUGCUUUUGGAAAGAUCAAAGAACAUGUUCACACUAUUUUGGAGUUGCAAGCAACAUGUAAAAGUCUGGAUGAGAAGUUUCAGGAGAAAGGAGCUGCCUUGUGGAAGAUGGAACAGAACAUUGUGUCUAGAGACAGGGUCAUCAAUGAGCUGCGUUUACGUCUCCCCGCGGCGGCCAGCAGGGAGAAACUCCUAGCGGACCUGGCCAAGCAUGAAGAGAGCCAGUCUGAGAGCCAGCCUGCCCUGAGGGUGGCACAACAGACCAUCAACAACCUCCAGGGUCGUCUUGACCAAAAAGAGGAGGUGCUGAAGAAGUACCAAAACCUACUGGCCCGGUCCAGACAGGAGCAAGAAGAAAUCAACAAGAGACAUGAAGAGGAGGUGAGAACAUUGCAUCAGAAGCUGGACUUACACACUGACACCUCUCUGGAUCACUUCAAACAGGCAACACUGGAACGCUUGAAGAAGCCAUCUAUCGGUGUACCAACCUCCAAGCACCUGAUUCGCUUAGCUGAGAUGGAGCAAACCAUGGUGGAGCAAGACAGCUCAAUCUCUUCCCUCUCAGAGAGGCUGAAGGUAGCCACAGCUGAGCUGGAGCGACAAAGGGUUGCCUUGGCCAUGCAGAGUAAGGACCAUGCUGAUGAGAAGUCAAAGCUGGAGGAACGCCAUGCCAUCCAGGUGAAGGCAUUGUCUGCAGAGGCAGAGGAGCAAAGAACCCAGCUGGCCGAGCUGGAGAAGGAGCUGCACUACCUCCGUACUGAGCUGGAGGCCCAGAAGGAGGCCAAUGUCCGCUCCCCUAGCAACACCAUGAAAAAUCUGGUGGAACGACUGAAAGCACAGCUCACCCAGAAAGAGAAACAGCUAAAGGCUCUUAGUAAGGCUCUGCUGGAGCUGCGGUCCGAGAUGACCUGUCACGCUGAGCAGCAAAUCAUAGCUGCUGCUGCUCAGAGAGAGGAGCACCUCAAUGUUCAGAUGCUGGUUGACAAGCAGACCAAAGAUUUAAAGGCACAGGUGCAAGAGCUUAAUGAAGAACUUAAAGCUGCGAAAGAGUCUGCAAGAGCAGCCAGGGGUCGAGAGAACACCCUAAAAGAGGAGGUCGAGACCUUGAACCGUGAUCUGCAACAGAGUCAGAAAGCCCAGAGCCGUCUGCAGGGCGAGAAGGAGGAGAAAGACCAGGAAAUCAAGGAGCUUAAGCAGCAAAUCAAGAGACUCAGCAGCUGCUUGCAAAAUCAGUCUGAGCCCGAUGCAAAAGGGCCCACCAUUGAAAACCUGCAGAGGAAGGUCAAGAAGCUGGAGUUGGAGCUGGAGAAGAGGGUUACAUCUGAGCCUUCGGAACGGAAAAGUGCCAAGGAAGAUAAGUCCAAAGAAGAAAUUGUACGAUGGGAGGAAGGUAAGAAAUGGCAGGGCAGGAUGGAGAAAGUGCGAAACCUAGUGAAAGAGAAGGAGCGAGAGACAGAAUCUCUUUCUAAGCAGCUCAACACUAUCAGAGACCUCUAUACCAGACUGGAGCAGGAGAAGGUCGGGCUGCAGAAGAAGCUGAAAACUCGUGGUGUGACAGCUGAUCAAGUGGUGGGCAUGCAGAACGCAGAGACAGAAAAAGAAAUGAAGGAGUUGAGGAGCCGGAACUCAGAGCUGGAGAUGCAGAUCCUCACUAUAAAACAAAAGCAGGCCUUACCGAGAGAUGCUGCCAUGGAAGACUUGACCUUGAGAAACCGCUACCUGGAAGAGAGACUCCUUUCCUUGGAGAGUCAGUCGGCACAAGAGCCUCCUUCCAGACCUUCUACAUCAGGACGAGGGACAGGCACGCCGUUGCAGAAAGACCAUGACCUGCAGAAAGAAAACCUCAAGCUUUCCUCUGAGAAUCUGGAGCGCCGCUUUCAACUGGAACAAGCAAACAAAGACUUGCCCAGGCUGAAGGAUCAAAAUACUGACCUUAAGGAGAUGUGCAGUGUGCUUAAAAAGGAAAGGGCAGAAAUGGAGAAAAAGCUGACCCAUUUACGUGGAGCCAAUCACAGUGGUAAAACUGUACCUGAGCUUGAGAGGAUCAUCGGAUUGAUGAAGAGGGUGGUAGAGAGGGUGCAGCGGGAGAAUGAGACACUAAAGAAAGCUACUGCAGCUUCAAAUCAGGAAAAGCUUGCCACUUUGGAGCGGGAACAUGAAAAACUCAAGACUGAUUAUGAAAACCUGAAAAGUCAAGCUGAAGCUGAGCUGAGCUCUAGACUUGAGUCCAAAACCAGAGGGAUGGAGCAAAUAGUGAUGGAAAACGAACGACUGCGAAAGAAGAUUAAAAGGGAAAUGGAGGUUGCUGAGAGGAUGCGAGUCGAUAAGACUAACCUGGAGGUGACCAAUGAGAAGCUUGAGACAGAGCUGAAGGAAACUAAGCAAAGGCUUCAGGCCGCCCUUUCUAAAGCCCUCCCAGAAGGAGCAGACAGCAAGACCUGGAAAUCAUCUGUCAUAACGAGAAUGUUUGAGAACAAAAUGAAGGAGCUGGAGAAGGAGCUCUCCCAGAAGACUGCCAGCCUCACCAACCUCAAACGACAGUUAAAGGAAGUCAACGAGAGAGAAGAAAGAGCUCAGCAACGUGUUGGGAAACUUGAAGAUCAAGUGGAAAUGUUAAAAAUGUCUCCUCCCAGUGUAAACAAAGUUGCAGACCUCAUGAGUGAGCUGAAGGCCUUGAGACUGGCCAACAGCAGGCUAGAGCAGGAGAAGGUGGAGCUGAAGCAAAGGCUGGAGGAGUACAGUGAGAGAUACGGGGAGACGUCCACUCAGCUAGGAUAUGGGGAGAUUAAAAACCUUCUUAAGGAAGCUGAAGCAGAGAAAACACACUGGCAAAUGGAGGUUAAAAAGUUAAAGAAAGAACUUGAAAAUUUUGACCCUGCAUUUUUUGAGGAGAUUGAAGAUUUGAAAUUUAACUACAAUUUAGAGGUCAAGAAAAACAUCCUGUUGGAGGAACAGCUCAGGAAAGUGUGUGACCAGUUCGGUGUGGAAGCCGACAUUCCCAAAGUGUCAGUUGGUUAACUC